AUGGGUCAGACUCUGUCAGAACCCGUGGUCGACAAGAAUUCCCACUACGGUUCCGACGAUGCUGUCCUCUACGGCCUCUCGGCCAUGCAAGGGUGGCGCAUAAGUAUGGAAGACGCGCAUGCCGCCAUUUUGGACCUGCAAACAGAGACCGAGGGCAAGGAACAGCAGCCUGCACCCCCUGAGAAGCGACUGGCAUUUUUCGGGGUCUACGACGGCCAUGGUGGAGAGAAGGUUGCCCAAUUUGCUGGAGAGAACGUGCACAAGAUUGUUGCGAAGCAAGAAGCAUUCUCGAAAGGCAACAUCGAGCAGGCGCUGAAGGAUGGCUUCCUGGCCACUGAUCGAGCUAUCCUGAACGAUUCACGGUACGAAGACGAGGUCUCCGGCUGCACUGCAACUGUGGGCAUAAUAUCGAAAGAAAAGAUCUGGGUGGCAAAUGCUGGCGACUCGAGGACUGUACUCGGUGUAAAGGGCAGGGCCAAGCCUCUGUCGUUCGAUCACAAACCACAGAACGAAGGCGAAAAAGCACGCAUCAGCGCAGCCGGUGGCUUCGUCGACUUUGGCCGGGUCAACGGCAACCUGGCUCUAUCACGUGCCAUUGGCGAUUUCGAGUUCAAGAAGAGUGCCGACCUCUCACCAGAACAACAGAUCGUUACAGCCUACCCAGACGUGAUCGCCCAUGACUUGUCAGGGGAUGAUGAGUUCCUGGUACUUGCUUGCGACGGUAUCUGGGAUUGCCAGUCAUCUCAAGCUGUGGUAGAAUUUGUGCGAAGAGGGAUCGCCGCCAAGCAAGAGCUCCAAUUGAUCUGCGAGAACAUGAUGGAUAAUUGCCUUGCCUCGAACAGCGAGACAGGUGGUGUUGGUUGCGAUAACAUGACCAUGACCGUGGUUGCACUUCUCCAGGGUAAGACCAAGGAGGAGUGGUACGAUCUAGUCGCCAAGCGAGUCGCCGAUGGGGAUGGGCCAUGUGCACCUCCCGAGUACGGCAACCCAGACGAGUACGAGCUCGAUCUGGAUCAGCGAGCCCGAGGAACUGGAAAUCGCGGACGAAUCAUCCUGCUAGGCGAUGGCACUGAAGUUCUGACCGAUUCCGAUGACGCUGAUAUGUUCGACCACCGUGAUGAGGACAACGAUACCGAAAACCAGAUCAAGAAAGCGACGCCGGACACUUCUGAUGUUGAUUCGACCCGAAGCGAAAGAGAGGGAACCCCAGGCCCUCAGGAAUUGCCGAAGUCAAAAUCGGAUGGAGAGGAUCCCAUGCAAGUCAAGCCUGCGAUUGACGGACUGAACAAGGAGUAA